CCCACAGGUUUCCAUUCAAGGUGGCCAUUGGUGGGACCAACACCUGUGGCACUCUAUAUGAUCAGCAUGCUGCUCCGCCUGUUGCCUGCAUCAGGCACGGCCUGCCCUCAGAAAUGUCGCUGCGAGGACCGGCUGUUUUACUGUGACUCGCAGGGUUUACAGGCACCGGAGGACGGUGUGGACCGGGGUGCCCUGGGUCUCUCGCUACGCCACAACAGCAUCACCGAGCUGCAGCCAGAUCAGUUCUCUGGCUUUAGCCAGCUCACCUGGCUCCACUUGGACCACAACCAAAUUUCAACAGUGCGGGAGGAUGCAUUCCAGGGACUCUACAAGCUGAAGGAGCUGGUCCUGAGUUCGAACAGCAUCACCCGGUUGCCCAACAGCACCUUCAUCCACCUCAUUAACCUUCAAAACCUGGACCUCUCCUUCAAUCAGAUGAUGUCCCUGGAGCCAGAGCUCUUUCACGGGUUGCGCAAGCUCCAAACCCUGCACCUGCGUUCCAACUCCCUCCGAACCACUCCAGUCCGGGUCUUCUGGGACUGCCGAAGCCUAGAGUUCCUGGACCUCAGCAACAACCGCCUGAGGAGUGUGGCCAGAAACGGCUUUGCAGGAUUAACUAAACUAAGAGAGCUCCACUUGGAGCACAACCAGUUGACCAAGAUCAAUUUAGCCCAUUUCCCCAGGCUGAUCACUCUCCAAACUCUUUUUCUGCAGUGGAACAAGAUCAGCAAUGUUACCUGCGGGAUGGAGUGGAUUUGGACAACUUUGGAGAAACUAGAUCUCACUGGGAACGACAUCCGCUCAAUCUCCCCGGAAGUGUUUGAGACCUUGCCCAAUCUCAAGGUGCUCCUGCUGGACACCAAUAAGCUGACCAGCCUUGACCCUCGGACCUUAGACUUAUGGAAGUCUGUGACUACUGUGGGGCUUUCAGGCAACAUGUGGGAAUGUACCAAAAGCAUCUGCUAUCUAGCUACUUGGCUCAGCAUGUUUAAGGGCAGGUGGGAACAUUCCAUAGUGUGCCACAGUCCAGAGUAUGCACAGGGUGAGGAUAUACUGGAUGCAGUUUAUGGGUUCCAGCUCUGUCAGAAUUUCUCUGCAGCAGUAGCUGCACCAACAACAGUUUCCCCAGAGGUUAGUUUGUCUCAAGAGGCCACAAGCGAUUUUUAUGGAAUAUGGAUAACACCCACACAGGACUUCCAUGCACAGGAUGUAGGGAGCUUCACUACAACGACUGUAACUACCACAACUUCCCCCACAACAAACCCCACAACCGUGGCAGCAGCCGAGGUCAACACAGAGGCAGACAAUACUCUCCUUACCCAACGGGUCAUCAUAGGCACAAUGGCCCUUUUGUUUUCUUUCUUUCUUAUUAUCUUUGUGGUCUAUGUCUCACGUAAGUGUUGCCCGCCCACAUUGCGCCGGAUUAGGCACUGCUCAACCAUGCAGAGUCGCCGGCAGAUUAUGACCCAGGUGCGGCAGCCCAUGGCAGAUCUUGCCACACAGGUUCCAUAUAAUGAAUACGAGCCCAGCCACGACGAAGGCGCGCUGGUCAUCAUCAACGGGUAUGGACAGUGCAAGUGCCAGCAGCUGCCUUACAAAGAGUGUGAAGUAUGAAUUGCCACCAUCAUGUUUUACCAUUCACUCGCUCCCAAAAAUACAGGGUUUUCAGUUAAGUGGGUGACAAAGUAAAAAAAAGUAUUUUAAUAGU